GAAAAUGUUCUAGAAAAAACGCUUUGUUGCCUUUCAGGCGUCACUUUUGAAUCGGAUCGCAAACCAACAAGCAACAUAUCAUGGCAGGCAUGACGAACACUUUGGCGGCGGAGGUCGCGGAGCUACAGACGCUAUUGGCGCAAACCAAGACGAGCGGCAACCGCCGCGACCUGGAGCAGCUGCUACAGCGCAAACAAAAAACUCUGGAGGCUGCCAAGUCCCAACAGGAGCAGCCCAUGGAAGUGGAUCCACAACCCGUCAAGGUGGCGGCGACUCGACCUGCAGCUAGCGACCUCACGACGUUUACGGAGAUUAGCCGCUUCGGCUGGGAGGACGACGGCUACGGCAAGGAGAAGGUGGCGGUCUACGUCAUGUCGGGCAUCGACGGGGUUGGCAAUUUGCCAAAGGAGAAUGUGACGUGCCACUUCACGAAAACGUCGUUUGAUCUCAAGAUUGUUGGACUGGAUAACAAGAAUUUCCGACUGUUCAAGCAGCAUUUGGAGAAGGAGAUCGACCCAGCUAAGAGCUCGUUCCGCGUGAAGAAGAACCGCGUCACGAUCUCACUGCAUAAGGCAGACAAGAACGACACGUGGAUGAAUCUGACGGCCAAGAACCCGCUGAAGACCAGCAAGCCCGACACGAGCGAUCCUGCUGCAGGCAUCAUGGACAUGAUGAAGAACAUGUACGAAGAAGGUGACGACGAGAUGAAGCGUACGAUUGCCAAAGCUUGGACGGAGAGUCGUCAAAAGACGGAUGCUGCCAGUCCCUUUUAACGGAGCAGCGGGGUCAACGUUCAAUGCGUUUUAGCCACCCUUAAUUAUGAUCUAGUAUGCAGGCUAGAAACAUUUCCAUCUAUUCAUUUUCUACUCGGAUUUCUUCAAUCUCAUCACCACUGGUAACAACCGUGACCUCACUGUUCUCUAAUGCCUUCUUGAUCCGUUUGUGCUCUGCGCUCUUCUUCUUCACUCUGAAACUCUCGCUGGUUUCGCCCGUUUCCACCUGCAUGAGCGAUAAAAAUCCGUCUUCGUCGAUAUCAAUGACACUCCACUCGAUAUUCGGCUCAGCGACAACUUCGCUAGC